UACAGCAACUACAAAAUCAGCUCAGGAAGUGGGCCAGGAAACAGACAGACCCCGUGUCCACACACAACAUUUUCCGUGAUUAGCCGUGAUUAGUUAUACCGUUUCGCCUUUUAUACUGUUUUGCGAUAGUUAAAUGAGGAAAUUGUGUGUGUGGACGCUUACUAACUAUACGUUGUAUAACGAAACGUCGUAUAACGAAACAAUGCAAAAACCUGCGUUUCGUCAAACGACGUAUAACUAAUCACGCCUAAUUAUGCUUAAUCACGGAAUGUGUUGUGUGUGGACGUAACUAGUAUAACUAGUCGAGCUAGAGCGGUAUAACUGACCUCGUGCGAAAGGAGACCUGACCUCUCAUUUUCGCUUCCAUUCCAUGACCGCAGUAGCAAACUGCGCACCUAUGCGACUUUCGCUGUAGAGUUUCGUGAUUACUUUCUUGUGCGUGUGGACACCCUGGAAUUUAUACGAUGAUUCUUUAUACGACUUUUUUGUGUGUGGACACCCUGGAAUUUAUACGAUGAUUCUUUAUACGACGUUUCGUUGUAUAGUUUCUGGAUAAAUUAUUUUGUGUGUGGACACGCUGUGUGAGCAACAAAAGGUGCUGGUAGAUCUUUGGGGUAAUCGAAAGACCACUGCAAUGAGUUGACCAAAGCUUUCAUACCUGCCUGCUGUUGUGUAAAAUAGUAGCGUAGCAUUGUAUUGAUUUUUAAGAAGUUUGUCAAAGCUGUUGUUAAGUGUCUGUGCCUGUAGAGACCAGCCCGAGUUGACAUGAUGGCGGCAAAACCAGAAACGAUUCAAGCUUCCUAUGUGGUUCGAAGAGGACGACGAGAAGACUGCGAUGAAUUAUUACGACUCAUCUGGGAACUCGCUGACCAUGAAGGAACACUGCAGAAGCCCACAAUUACGAAAGAAAUUCUUCUUGAAGAUGCUUUCGGUGAAAGACCCAAUCUCCACUUCUUCGUGGUAGAACUCAAGGGACUAGAAGACAAUGGAGAUAUCAGGGGAAAAAUGUGCGUGGGGUUUGCUGCAAUGAACGGUUUCGUCACUGAUAUUUUUUUGGGUCGACAUUCAAAGCUUUGUGGUCUGUACAUCGACGAAGGCCACAGAGGUAACGGACUCGGGAGGGCACUCAUGAAAGCAGUUUGUAAGACCUGCCUUGAUCUGGGUGUUGCCUCUCUUGAUUUCGACGUCAGGAUGAACAACCAACGAGCUCGACAUUUUUACUCGAGUCUUGGAGUGACUAACAACACGGAAACGAAGGGCUGGGAAUAUUGGCAAUUCCGUGAUACGAACAUGAAAAAGUUUUCUUCAGAACCCGAGUGCCUCAACGGAGUGAAUACACAACUUUAAGAUAGUGAAGAGGAGACGAGUUUCAAUUUAAAAGAUUGUUUUUAAAAUAUUAUGAAAUCAUGGGCUUGAGCUCAUGCGUAUACAAUUGAUGUGAAUUAAAUGAAUGAAUGAAUUAAUGAAUGAAGUUCAUCAUCAAUCUUUGCAUUUGCCUUUUCGAAGAGAGAGAGGGGUAAAAUAAGGUAAUCACUAUAGUGCAAACCUUAUAAGAACCUUAACCUUAACCCCCCC